AUGAGAAGGCCCAAGCCUUGCUUCCUCUUCCUUGAAUUUGGGCCUGGGGAGAGUCCAAAAGCCCUGUUCGAGCAGUUCGCUGAGGAGUUCCCGUUGAAGGUGUUCGGCUACCAGCCAGAUCCCAUGAGCUACCAAGUGACUGUAGGCUGGCUGGAACUGCUGGCUGGGUUGCUGCUGGCCCUGGGCCCACCAAAGCUGCAAGAGAUCAGUAACUUUCUCUUGAUCGUGCUCAUGAUGGGGUCCAUCUUCACGUUGGUGUCUUUGAAGGAGUCACUGAACACCUACAUCCCGGCUGUCGUCUGCCUGGCGCUCCUGGUGCUGCUGGAUAUCUGCCAGUUCUUAGUCAGAACUGAGAAGGUGGUCAGACCCAUAAGGAAGAAGAUGCCAAGUUCGGCCAAGGGAUCCUGAGAGUAGAGUACCUCUUGCCUCUCGGUGCCAUGUCACUGUCACAGCAGGCACACAGAGGGACACAGAGUCGACCACCUUGUUACCAAUACAAUACCUCCAGGGUCAAAGUAUGACCAUUGUUGAAAUAGACAUCUUGUCUACCUGGGCCUACUUUCUCUCUUGGACAUCUACUGCCCUUUUUGAUAUUUACUAGCAUUCCUCUUGUCAUGUGAAAAUAAGCAGAAAAGAAAUUUAACCCACAGUGUUAAUGCCCCAAAAUAACUAUUUUCAAUUCCUUUGUUUAACUGUA